AUGGAACUAUCUAUACGCCCAAUAGCCCAUCCACAAAGUCGCGACCCUGAUGGAUUUUUUCCACUAGAUGGAAAGGACCUUAAUUCCGUCACGGAUGAGGCUCUGGCAAAUCUUCUCACAUCUUCUCCCAUCCUCCAUCAGUUAGGUGGAACGACGGUUGUGCGGCUUUCAGAGACCUUGAUCAUGAAGGGUGGCAGGAGUGUCAUGGCUAGUGAAGCGGAAAUGCUCCGUCUUAUUGCUUCCAGAACCACCAUUCGAGCCCCAAGAGUCUAUCGCUCAUUUCAGGUCAAAGAUGAUACUCAAUAUUUUGGUACAUCUGGGUAUAUUGUGAUGGAUUUUAUCCCAGGUCAACCACUGGAUGAGAGCUGGAACAGCCUAUCCCGUGACACUCAAGGGAAAAUCGCUGCGCAGGUUGCUGAAAUAAUCCAUAAGAUGCAGUCUAUUGAGCUUUCGCAGCCUGGCCCCAUUGGUGGAGGACCAAGUCGGGGUUGGUUCUUCACAGAUUAUAGUGCGGGGCCUUUUAUGGACGCUGCUGAAAUGGAAGCUUGGUUUAACCACAAGCUAGAUAUCUGCAAAAGUGUCCAUCAAGCCCCAAAAUACAUUCCGCCAUUUCAUUUUACCAAGUUUGUCCUUACACACAACGACAUCAGUCCUCGAAACUUGAUCUUAGAUCAACAUGAACAAGUGUGGUUGAUUGACUGGGCAUAUUCUGGUGCAUAUCCUCCUGUCUUUGAAAGCGCGGCAUUGUCAAUCCAGCCAUUUUUCACUUCUUUCAAUGAAGCGGUGUUAUCCCUUAUUCCACGCUACCCGGAGGAGGAAAUGCAACUUGAUUCUAUUGCAUAUGGAUUAACCACCGCAGCAUUGGCCUAA